AUGUUCUCUCUCCGGGCCGCUCGGCGGUUCCCCAAAAGGAUCCCUCUUGGUGCCCCACGACGCCUUCAUGGCUUGGCCCAGAGCAAGUUCUUCAACGUCUCAGAGGAAGUUCGCGAUGCGGUGGCGGUAGGGAAACCGGUCGUAGCUUUAGAAUCGACCAUAUAUACCCACGGCUUCCCCUACCCCGAGAGUGUCGCGUUGGCAAAUUUACUGGAGUCGGUGGUUCGAGCCAAUGGCGGCGUUCCGGCUACGAUCGGUAUUCUAGACGGAGUCGCGCGCGUGGGGUUAAGUGCGGAGGAGCUCAUCCGGCUGGCAUCCACGGCGGAGCACAAGUCCGCCCUGAAAGUCUCCCGCAGAGACCUAGGCUAUAUCUGUGGCCUGGGCUUGACGGGCAAACGUCUCCAGGGCGGAACGACCGUCUCGGGAACCAUGAUUCUGGCGCAUUUGGCUGGAAUUAAGAUCUUUGGUACCGGUGGUCUUGGGGGCGUCCACCGUGGUGGAGAGAGUUCAAUGGAUAUUUCCGCCGAUCUCACAGAGUUGGGACGGACCCCCGUCGCGGUGGUUAGCUCCGGCUGCAAGAGCUUCCUGGACAUCCCGCGCACCCUCGAGUACCUUGAGACCGAGGGUGUCUGCGUAGGAACGUUCGCCGAUGGUCGUGAAGGUGCCGUCGAGUUUCCCGCAUUCUUCACCCGAGAAAGUGGGUUGAAGAGCCCCAAGACUAUCCAGAACGAAGCAGAGGCAGCUGCUAUUGUUUACGCCCAAUCGCAACUCCCAGUGGCAUCGGGUAUCCUCCUUGCCAAUCCGGUACCCGUAGAACAUUCGGUUCCCAAAGACGAGAUGGAUGCCAUCAUUGUAGAAGCUCUCCGUCUGGCCGAUGUGGAAGGCUACCAGGGAAGCGACAACACUCCCUUCGUGCUAGGCAAGAUCAAGGAACUCAGUGGAAGCAAAAGCGUGGCGGCCAACCGCGCUCUAGUCGAGGCUAACGUGGAACGCGCGACUCGUGUGGCCGUGGAGCUGUCGAAGCUGGAACAGGCCGACGGAACGCGGAAUGAACGGCAUAUGCCAGUGCUGCCAGAAACCCCCCAAGCUGACCAGGCACCUCCAGAGGCAGAGUCGCGGUCUAAUACGACCGCCCAAGUCUCCCCAGCACAAUCGCCCCAAGCCGACGUGCUUGUAGCGGGGUCCCUCGCCAUCGACCUGUCCUGUGACUACGCGCCUCUAGCCGGUGAAACCAGCACGACGCCCUCAUCGCACACAUCGAACCCUGCAGUGAUCACGCAAAGCCUGGGCGGCGUGGGCUACAACGUCGCCAUCGCAUCGCACUACCUAGGCCGCUCUGUACUCUUCUGCAGCGUCAUCGGUGACGACCUAAGCGGCCGGGCUGCCCUGUCCGCGUUGCAAAAGGAACAGCUGCCCACGACUGGCAUCCGCGCGCUACCACCGUCAUCAGGUGCCCGCACAGCGCAAUACAUCGCAGUCAACGACGCCAGGAAGGAUCUCGUGGUCGCCAUGGCCGACAUGGGCAUCAUGGAGCAGCCCGAGCAGGCUCUCGACUUCGACACGUUCUGGGAGCCCAUGGUAGCACAAGCCAAGCCGCAAUGGGUCGUCGUCGACGCCAACUGGAGCCCCGCGGUGCUCGCCAAAUGGGUGCAGGUCGCCAAAGCGCACGGCGCGCGCGUGGCCUUCGAGCCCGUCUCCAAUGCCAAAUCGCGCCGUCUCUUCGGCGCCGCCGCCGCCAUCAAGCCCACGGACACCGUUCCCAACCACGCCGUCGGCCUUGCCGCGCCCAACCAGUUCGAGCUGACGGCCAUGUACGCCGCCGCGCGCGAGAACGGGCUCUUCGAGUCAGACAACUGGUGGCACGUUAUCGACGCCAUGGGCAUGUCGGCAGCGGGGUCGCGCGACCGGCUCGUGGCCAUGACCUCGGCGGCGCUAGUCGACCAGGGCAUCCCGCAGCAGAGCAUCCAGCUGCUGCCUUUCAUCCCGUGUCUGAUCACCAAGCUGGGCGCACAGGGCGUGCUGGUCACGCAGCUUCUCCGGCCGGGGGAUCGGCGACUGACCGCGCCAGAGUCCGCGCCGUACAUCGUGUGCCGCUCACUGUCGGAGACGUCGCCUAUCGGGGGUGUGUAUCUGCGUCUGUUCCCGCCCGCGGCGCUGCUGUCGGACGAAGACAUCGUCAGUGUCAACGGCGCGGGUGACACGCUGCUGGGCGCGGUGGUGGCCGGGCUGUCGGGGGAUGUCGCGCGGACGGUCGAGGAGGUGAUCCCGCAGGCGCAGGAGGCGAGUGUGCGGACGCUGCGGAGUGCUGGGGGGGUGAGCCGGGAGAUUAAAGGUUUACAACUGUAG